AUGACCGCAACGAUAGGAGAGCGCCAACCGCUCCUGAGCCCUCAGGCUCAUGAUACCGAUACCGAGGUAUACCCAAUCAUCCAAGUGAUUAGAUCAGUGAAUACUCCCCUAACGUAUGACGCGUUGACUGCACCUGACUUGACUUAUACGCUGGUCCGGCCACUUGAAGAGAAGUACAAUGCCUACCAACACAGUGGGAAUCUAUCUGUUGUGUUUUGUCUCUUGCUCAAUCGCGUCUACUUUUACCGUGACAACCGCAUCGCCACUGCCGCACUGUCCCGAACACGCGCAAUGCUCUGUGAGAUUCUCGCCAUACGAUGCCUGCGCGAACAUGCACACAACAUGCUGGAGCUUGCACUAGCUAUUACGACGAGCUGGCCUGUGUACUCUGGAGCGCCACCAGGGUUACUGGAACGAGCUCGGGAGCAGAGAGACGACGAUCUGGAAGAACGUGUCGGCAAUGCGAUUGAGCUGGCGAUUUUGGGCCAAGCGAAACGAUUCACCAGCAGCUCGGCAUGCCAGAAGGUCAUCAAUGGAAUCUGGAGUGGCAAGAUUGUGUAUCAGGCAGAUAGUAGUCGUUCGAUCCUUUCGGAUACUUACAAACGAACGCCGAUACACUUCUAUGACCCGCACAAAGCACCACUUCUUGACCACUAUCGUCUCAAAGUGCCCGCGAUCCGCUCAGUGCUCGAAUUCACGAACUUUCUUGUUCUCUUUAUUUUGUUCAUAUUCGCUUUGGAGUUCAACGAGCGAGAUUAUAUCAACGUUCCCGAGGCUAUAUUCAUGGUGUAUGCACUAGGAUUCACGCUUGAGAAGGUCGCUGCCAUGCAGGAGCAUGGAAUGAAAGUAUAUUUCAAAGGGACUUGGAAUGGGUUUGAUCUAGCGUUCAUCACACUGUAUUGUACAUAUGCCAUUCUCAGGCUCGUUGGCGUAUAUCACCACAAACCGCGGGCCAGUCUCGCGGGUGUCGACUUCCUAGCAGUCAUUGCGGUCCUGAUGUUUCCUCGGCUGGCGUUCGUUACGCUGAAGAACAAUGUCAUGGUGCUCUCUCUGCGCGCGAUGAUCGUGCAGUUUGUCGCUCUCAUGUUGAUUGCCGUGUUCUGCUUCGGAGGGUUCUUAUACGCUCUUUGGACGCUUAGCAGAAAUCAAGCCGGGUACGUGGCUUGCCAUAUUGCAUGGUGGAUGCUUGACCUGUGGUUCGGUCUUGAUGCCAGCGGAUUUGAUAACGCUUCCGAAUUCCACCCCGUGUUUGGGCCAGUGAUGCUGGUCUCGUACGCGUGCUUGAGCAACACGCUGUUGCUGACCGGUGCGUGUUCCAACAACAUCCUAUCAAACACCUUCGCCACCAUCAACGACGAUGCCGCUGCUGAGGCCAUGUUCCGUCGUGCUGUUUUGACUAUUGAGGGCGUCAAGGCGGACCCGCUCUUCUCAUACCAGCCGCCAAUCAAUCUUGUCGCAUUGUGUAUAAUGCUACCAGCAAGCUAUAUUCUUACUCCUCGUUGGUUCCACAAGGUCAACGUCUUCAUGAUCAGACUCACGAGUUUCCCCAUAUUGCUGCUCAUCGCGUGGUAUGAACGACAAGCAAAGCGGACUGGCACUUUUACGUUCUAUGAGACAGUCACGGCGGCUGCGGACAAAGUCUUCGACACAUUGCCUCGUUCAAUCAAGCGCCUGACAUUCUUCGAGGGCCUUUCGGGUCCUGACGCCGAUAUCGAAGCCAUCUUCGAGCUCGGAGACGUUGAGGACAACGAUCUCGAGUCCGAUGAUGACCAAGGAGCCUACACCUCUGCGAUAGGCCCUGGCCGCCAACGCCGUCUAUCCACAUCCUCUCGGCUCAAGGUACCAGUCAACGCCGGACCUUCAGCCACUCCAACGCGGUCCCCGGUCAAGAGCGAGCGCGCCCCAGGCCCUUCAUCCAUCCCUCUCCCACGCGCGCGAGUCAAUACCCUUCUCACGCGUGGCCAGGAGCUCGGACGGGACGUAGCAAGUCCUCUUGCUCAAGUAUUUCAGCCGCUGGUAGUGGAGGACGACACCUUGCAUGACCGCCAUCCGUCAGAUAACGGUCUUGGAAGCAUGAUGGUCAGCUAUGGCCCUGCGUCGCGCCGUCGCCUGUCAUCAAUCCAGCGCAGGCCGUUCGGGACGCCGCAAUCCGUGCCCAAUGCGAGCCCUUCUGCACAGCAGACGGCAUUCAGGCGCUUCCCGACUUUCAGUCCUCCCUCGCAACCGGCGAUUCUGGAGCACAUGCAGCCACUGUCAUCGAGCCCAGAUGCGAAGUCCGGCAGCGAGCCGCUGGAGACGGCCGAGGAAGCAGAGGAGCAGGGCACGGAUAUGUCGGUGUGGGAGACGCGGUUGGGUAAUAUCGAGUCUAGACAGCAGAGGAUUGAGGAUUUGCUGACCGGGUUGUGCAAGAAGUUGGGCGCGUGA